AAUCAGCUGACUUCACAGUUUACAACAAAAACAAUUGCAAAUCAAAACAUUUGUUUUUUUCAAGUCCGUGCCUGGCCAAUCAGUUUUUCCUAUUUAAAUCCAAUAUUUUGGUUAAAAAAGUUAUGCAAAACACUUUUCACAUCUUUUGCCGUAUUGUUCGAACGCAGCUGAAAGGAAAAAGGAUUUUGUCUGCAGCUUUCAGCACAAACUUUGCACGCCACAUGUCGCCAGGAAAUCACACAACAGAAGCUACACAACUGGCCCAAGCUUUGCAGGCAAAUUUGAAACCGCUUGGUGUGCCUUCGAAAAUGCGUGCAGAUCCUGCAUUUAAGAAAAUAGAUACACCAGAAUUCCAAAGUAUUUUCACCGAGGAACUACGCGCAUUGAUUGAUAUCUUCAAGCGGCAUAAUUAUGAGCUGCGCAUUGCCGGUGGUGCAGUGCGUGAUAUUGUAAUGGGCUUAACCCCGAAAGAUAUCGAUUUAGCUACUACAGCAACACCGGAUCAAAUGAAAGAAAUGUUCUCCAAGGAAGACGUACGUAUGAUAAAUGCGAAGGGUGAGAAGCAUGGCACGAUAACGCCACGAAUACAUAAUAAAGAAAACUUCGAGGUCACCACAUUACGCAUCGAUGUACUCACCGACGGACGACAUGCAGAAGUGCAAUUCACAACGGACUGGCAGUUGGAUGCAAAUCGCCGUGAUCUUACUAUAAAUUCCAUGUUCCUCGGCUUUGAUGGUACACUUUAUGACUAUUUCUAUGGCUUUGAUGACUUACUACAACGUCGCGUGGUUUUCGUUGGCGAUCCUAAUGUCCGAAUUAAAGAAGAUUAUUUACGUAUUUUGCGCUACUUCCGUUUCUAUGGUCGCAUAGCGCGCGAACCAUCGAAGCAUGAUGCUGAGACCUUAAGAGCAAUUCGGGAAAAUGUCGGUGGUUUGGCGCGUAUUAGUGGCGAGCGCAUAUGGACAGAGCUACAAAAGAUUGUGGUUGGAAAUUUCGGUUUCGAAUUGGUACAGCAAAUGAUUGCUGCUGGCUUAGCACCUUACUGUGGUUUGCCAGCGGAACCUAACAUAGACGAGUUUAAACGGCUUUGCGAAGACUUGGCAAAUUAUUCACCACCUCAUUUACCGAUAUUGUAUUUAAUUGCAUUACUGCAUACUUCAGAGGAUGCUAUGCAGCUGCAUCAGCGACUCAAAUUGUCAGCUUAUGAACGUGAUUUGGCGCUGUUUAUUACUCAGAAUCGACAUAAGGUUGAUGCAGAUUUUCGAACGCUGCGCGACUUUCAACGACUUUGCCUGCAGCCAUAUGCUAAACGAGAAUAUGUCGAAGAGCUGCUAAAAUAUACAAACAAGUUCAAUCUUUACCACGAUUUGAAAUCAUGGAAAGCUCCUCGCUUUCCACUCUCUGGUAGCAUGUUGAAAGAACGUGGUUUAGCGGCGGAUAAACGAAUGGGUGUAAUCAUGACGCGACUACGUUCAAUUUGGAUCGAUAGCGAUUUUUCGCUGAGUGGCGAGGAAUUGUUAGAGCAGCACUUGCAGGGAGUGAUAGAAGGCCUAGCGACGCCACCCGCCACGCCAAAUAAAAAACGCAAAUCGCAAUGAUGUAAACCGUAAAAUAAUAACAGCAGAGGUGGUUUUUACAAUUUUCUUUAUAAAAUUGCUCAUAUUUUUAUUUGAAACUCAUUUUCAAAAUACUAUUAUUAUUACAUACAUACGUAUUUUUUAAUUCAUAAUCGAAAUAUUUGUACUAGACUUUUUUUCCUAAGAAUAUACACAAUGAAGGCCUAUUAAAUUCAAAACUCUUAGCUUUAGUACCAUUAUCACAGUCA